CGUAUUGCAUGCGAGUCGCCGAACUUCAGUGCGACGCCAACAAUGCCACUUUAGAUGUCUAGCCAGCCUCGGCACUGGUUUGUUAAUUUUAACUAGUGUCAACUGAGCAUUGGCGUUCUAGUAGUCACUACGCCGAAUAUAGGCCUGUGGCGUGUGACUUCCGAAAUUGCCAGAAAUGGAGGUUACAAAACACUAACAAGUAUCCUUUAGGAAAUCAAUAAAACAUUUUUUUUCAGACAAUUAACAAUUGAGAGACUCACUGUGAAGUUUUGCGUUGUCUAUGUCACGUUGAUUAUGGACCUUCAAACGUAAAAAAGAACCCUUGAUUAUUGUAUUAUGCGCAAUGAACAAUUGAACGUCUCAAAACGAGAUGUGUUUGUUUACCGGGGACGAAAAUAUUACAAAUGGUAAUAUUUGCAAAUGAAAAUACUUUUUGCCUUCUGGUUAUGUACACACGACUUAUCAUAUUUUCGCACGAACAAGCAAUCAAACGACACAUUCUCGAUAAUCGUGCGAAUGGUUGGUUAGCCCAUACGAUAAAAACACAGUAUUUAACAGAUAUACCAAGUUAAGUAAAGAGACUUUGAAUCAAAUCCGAUAGAAAUAAGUUGAAUAUCAAGACGCAACGAAACAUGUUUUCACAGUCAAGGAGCACGUAUUCCGUGUUGAUAAUAACGUUUAUGCUGUUCGGAGGCAAUGUUUAUGCGGAUAAAGACUCGGAAGAAAGUCUGAAAUCUUUCUUGAAGUCAAUGACAAGUUCGCUGCGAGACGGAAGUUCCCUUCAUGCCGACGGUAUGGCCAGAGCCUUCUCUGGUCCCAUUUCCGGCGGUGGCAGUGGGCCGGAUACAGUUGCUCUCGACGAAGCGAUACGCAUAGUCGAGAACAUCCUGGCUAGUGGCGACACCAAUAAAAAUCUCGUGGAAACUCUCGAGAAGUUAAUCAACAUCCGAGACGUCGUGCAGAUAAGACAGCAGCGCAACGGAAGUCCGGCGAACCGGAACGCGGAAGUAAAUCGCGAACGAGUCGGCGUGGAAAAUGAGCGGUCACUAUCAGAAGUUAAAGAAUCGGAGGCGGCUCUUGCUGACCGCGACUUCCAUAACAAAAACUGCUUCAAGCUGGGGCAGAUCUGCGGCUUCUACCGAGACUCCUGCUGCGCGCGCGACACGGAGUACGGAUCGAACGCGUCGCUUUGCUGCAUCAGGCUUUCCGGCGGCGAAAAUUUCCUCCUGAGCGACCGUUUCGGGUACUGCGUGCCAAGCUACGCAUCCUACACGUGCGAUGAGAUGGAGAGGAUGUACAGCCUCUGGCAGCGUUAAGCCGCCGCCGUACCGGAAAUGACACAAUCCGUCAGUGGAAUUGCUUGCCGGCUAGGCUUGUGUUGUUGUUUUUGUGUGCUAAAUUGUUUGCCAACACUUUACACGUUGUUCUUCAUGUGCCUGAGCUUGCGAGGAUUCCAUGACGAAAAGUGUAUCUGAUUUUUAUAAGAUUGUAUCAACCUUAGUUACUCGCCUUAUGUGCAUUUCAUUAAGACACGAUCUUUUUUUCAUAUAUUCAUUUUUUCGUAGCUCUAUUUGGGCUAAAAAAGCUUUUUUCUCCAAUGCACGUUUUUAAUCUUGUGUAUUAUGCUAGCAGUUAUUAUUGUGUUGUUUAAAUUAUUUUUAAAGAAUUCCCGCUAAUAUUUAUUUAAUUAGAUAUAAGAAGAAUACAUUGUUAUACUUCCCCAUCAAUACAUGUUUACAUGCUGACCUUAAAUUACGAGUAUUCUGAAGAUGUUCUCAAAUACAUUCUACAUUUGAAUUUAGUUUGCGGUUGACCUCCUUCGUGCUUGGCAAUGACCAAUGGCAGAUUAAAGCCUCGUUUUGGGAAAAAAUGUUUUUUUCGUUCAAAGAAAGUCUCUUCUUAGCGAAAACCCAGUAAAGGCGAAAAGUGUCGACCCUCAUGAGCAUGAGCGGACUGUCCAGGCUUAUUUGGGAAGACACUGAACGAACAUGCAGAAGCCCAUUUUUCCCAAAAAGAGACUUAACUGUUCAGUUCCUUACAUGUUUAAAUAUAUCCAUAAAGGUGUUGUUUUUGUUGAAUGUCAAAACACUCUCUCGACUAUUAAAGCGAAAUCCCAUUUAACAAAAUUUUAAACAAU